AUGGCGGCCUACGAGGUGCAGCAGAUCCAGCUGCUGGGUCGGGACAUGAAGGGACCAGCUCACGACAAACUGUGGAACCAGCUGGAGGCUGAGAUCCACCUGCACCGCCACAAGACCGUCAUCAGGGCGUGUCGAGGACACAAUGACCCAAAGAAACCCCAGCCCUCCCCUGUGGGACACGAUCCAGACAUGCUGAAGAAGACGCAGGGAGUCGGACCCAUCAGAAAGGUGGCGCUGGUCAAAGAGGACCAUGAGGGGCUGGGGAUCUCCAUCACAAUCUGGCCAGGCCUGGAAUCAACAGGUCAGGGGUUUUCAGAGGACCAGAAAGACAACAUGGAUGAGGAGAGGAGGAGGAGAAUCCUUGAUUGAGUGAAAACCUUGGUCACAUGACUCCGGCUGUCCGGCAGUCCUGCUCCUUGCUGCGUUACAAAAAAGCAGCCGGUGGGU